CGAGCACAGUCUCACCUGAGGACCAUGUCCGACGAGGACGCUUCAGCACCUGCUUCACAUCAUGUGUCGUACAAGAUCACUUAGAAUGGAACAGUCAGAGGAGAUGCCGGCGAUUUUCCGAUUACCGCUUUGUCAAGGCUUGAAUAUCUAUGAAGCAUCUGUCGCUGAGCUGCAAGAGCAUAUGACAAGCGGUGUACUAAAAGCGUCCACUCUGACUGAAUUCUGUCUGCAAAGGGUCCAAGCACUCAACCCUUACCUUGAAUGUGUCAUUGAAGUCAAUCCUGACGCCAUGACUCAAGCCAUAUCCCUCGAUGCGGAGCGAGCACAAGGGAUCGUCCGAAGUCCACUGCACGGAAUCCCUGUACUGGUCAAAGACAACAUGGCCACGGCAGAUCGGAUGCAGACCACGGCGGGGUCGUGGGCUCUGCUGGGAAGCAUCGUCCCGGAAGACGCGCACAUUGUCAAACUGAUACGCGCGGCUGGGGCUGUCAUCCUGGGAAAAUCCAACAUGGAUGAGUGGGCAGGCAUGAGAGGAGGGGCCUACUCUGAAGGAUAUUCUCCGCGCGGAGGGCAAUGCCGGAAUCCGUAUUCGCUCAACCGAUCUCCUCAUGGUAGCAGCUCUGGAAGCGCCGUGGCCGUGGCCGCAAACAUCGUCCCAGUCUCAUUUGGCACUGAGACUGAUUGCAGUGUGAUCAGUCCUGGCAUGGUCAAUGGAGUGGUUGCUAUCAAACCUACUGUCGGCCUAACGUCACGAGCAGGCAUCAUUCCCAUCUCGGAAACGCAAGAUUCGGUUGGCGUCUUUGGGAGGUCUGUGGCCGACGCUGCUUAUGCCUUGGAUGCUAUAGCAGGUGAAGACCAGAAUGACAAGUUUACGAUUCAGCCUGAAAGGCAGCAACCAGGGAGUUAUCUUAGGUGCCUCAAAGAUCGAUCUGCUCUGAAAGGCGCAAAGUUUGGCUUGCCUAUGGCAAGGUUCUGGGAUGUCGCACCUGUGCCCCAGCGCCAAGUGGUCGAACAAGUACUGAAAUUAAUGCGCGACGCCGGGGCAGAGAUUGUUGAAACCAACAUGCCUUGCGCAGAAGAGAGAUUGAAACCAGAGGGACUAUGGGAUUGGGAGUUGCACGGGGAGACUUCCCCCGAACGGUCAGAAAUCACCGUUUGCAAAGUUCAAGCAUACUAUUUGAUUGAAGGAUACCUGAAAAAGCUGAAGAACACACCAAUUAAGACGUUGGAAGAUAUAGUUCGCUUCAACGACCAGAAUAGUGGCUCGGAAGGAGGACACGCCGGGGAUUUGCCAGCAUGGCCGGAGGGACAGCGAGUGUUUCGACAAAGUGUCGAGACUAAGGGCAUCAAGGACGAGAUCUACCACCAGGCGUUGGAGCACAUCACUAAGCAAUGUCGUGGGAAUGGAAUCGAUGCUGCCUUAUACCGGAGGACCAGGGUCGGAGGAGAGCCUGUGCCACCUGACAAGGAUGACCACGGUGGACAAGACUCCCAAUUUGACGCGCUGCUGUUCUGCGACGCGAAAGCUGGAGGGAUCCAAAUCGCCGCUCAAGCAGGAUAUCCAAUCAUUUCGAUCCCUGUGGGACUGGAUCCAGACGGUAUGCCAGUGGCCUUGACUCUUCAGCAUUCAGCCUGGCAAGAGGAUAAGUUGAUCGGAUGGGCAAGUGCGAUCGAGGACUUGAUCGAACAUCAUGUUUGUCAAGGCCAGUCGGGAGCAUCGGAUAUUCGCGGCAGGGUCCCACCUUUAUUUCGAAACCAUCUACGGAAGAACAUUCCUGUUGACCCAUAUUAUAAAUACUGAGGACGGGGCUGUGUGCGGCAUUUUUCAGGCUGGAUCAGCGCUAUAGUACAGUAUGUAAAUCGAGCCGCGGCUUCUCGGCAAUUGCUAUGGUGGUUUUUGUACAUGAGAUAUUAGUUCUACUUCUGUUCGACUU